GUGGUGGGUUUGGGUGCUGGGUGAGGCUCGUGGCUGCUCGGUGGUGAGCGGGGCAGGGCUGUGCCCAGCCAGGGACCUGCUGAUGCUUCCUGCUAAGUCUCUUGUUCCUCGUUUCUUUGCCAGGCUUUGUGACCCCGCGCCAAUGGCUGGCAGGUACGUAGCGAGCUAGGACACGGCCGCCCCAUGGCACCUCCUUCCCCUGGCAUCGCCUGGUAGGAGCUUCCCACCGUGAAGUUUUGCUCCGCUGGAGCCAGUGCUGAGGAUGACGACGGCGAACGGCCCCGCGGUGCCGCUGGGCAAGCUCCAGCAGCAGCUGGAGCUGUGCCUGGUCUGCUCCAAGUGCAGCGUGAAGGAAAACGAGAUCACCUACCACCUGCGCGACGUGGAGCACAAGUGCAUGUACGAGAUCCUGCUGGCCCGCCGCCGCGGCCGCCGCGGCACGGCGUGGAGGAAGGUGUCCCGGCGGCCGGGCUUCCCCACUCCGGCGCGCUAUGCCGUGUGCCGGUACUACGUGAUGGGGCUGGGCUGCGGCAAGCACAGGAGCCAGUGCACCUUCGCCUGGAGCCCCGAGGAGGCCGCGGUGUGGAACUUCGAGCGCGAGCAGCAGCUGGAGCGGCGCUGGCUGAAGGCGGCCGUGCUGCAGGCGCAGCUCGGGGGUCCCCCCGCUGCCAACGCGCCCUCCGCGGCCGCCGACAUCGCCAGCGAGUUCGGGGGCUGCUUCCAGGAGAUCUGCCGGCGAUGCUUCUUCAGCUGCCCGCAGCGCAUCACCGCGGGCGGCCAGGGCCGGCUCUGCAGGACGCACCGCGCCUGGCAGCCGCUGCUGGUGCAUGUGGUGUCGGACAGCCGGAGGAAGCAGCAGUACACGGCCAUCCGGCCCUGCCCCGAGUUCAUGUCCGCCUUCAGCUACUGCCGCUUCGUGUCCAGGGGCCAGCCCUGCAAGCACAACCCGCAGCGCUGCCAGUACGCGCACAGCGACGUGGAGAUGGCCGUGUGGCAGGCGGAGAGGGAGCACGGCUUGGUCCGCUCCGAGCUGCUGCCGGCCGCGGGCAGCGGCGGUGCCGGCGGCGAGCCCGCGGCCCCCGCGGCGGUGCAGUUGUACUGCCGGUUCUGCAUGGUGACCUUCAGCUCGCAGGAGAGCUUCGAGAGCCACUGCUUGUCCGUGGAGCACUUGCAGAUGCUCUCGGCGGACACCUCGGUGCAAUGGGUGCACCGUGCGCCGCCGCUCGGGCUCACCAAGUUCUCGCUGUGCAGCAGAGUGGACGUGUGUGAGAUGGGGAAUAGCUGCACCCAGGCGCAUUCUGUUGAGGAGCUGCAGGAGUGGAUCCAAAGGGUGAAGGUUGCCGUGAAGAAGAAGAAGCAAGCACUCAAGGAAGGGCUCUUGUCCUACCAGGACCGGCUCAUUGCUGAGUAUAAGACGUGCUCCAACGAGGUGUUGAUUAUGUCCGAGCACGUCGAGGGUGUCAGGGUGGUGUGUGAGCAGCCCCUGCUCGUGCAGCUGGAGGACAGGAGGAUGAAAUACCAGUGGAAGUUCAGGGUGCACUCCCAGAUGCCUCUGCAGCACGUGGCACUCCUGAAGCGGGAGCCCGGAGUCAGCUUCUACCUCUCUGGGAACGGGCUGUCCCGGGGCCUCCACUACAUCCGUGGGGAGCACGUGGCCAGGCUGCCCUCCUCGCCGCCCACGGCGCUGGUGGAGGUCUGCAUGGAGAGCUGCACGCUGGGCGUCUUCGAGCAGUGGGUGGUGUUUGACUUCGGCAGCCGCCCCGUGCUCAUACAGAAGGUGAAGGUGAAGGUGGGCCGGCGGGAUGCCCCCCAGCACGUCCCCAGCAGCAGGCAGAGCAGCCGCAUCGUCGACCUCGUGCGCUGGGAUAGAGGCAACCGCAUCGUCGUUCCCAGCGUGGUGAGGACUGCUGAAGACGUGGUUCUGCUGGCCAAGUACAAGCCUCCUGCGCUGGCGCUGGAAUACCAACGGGAGGGUGCUGCAACCGUCCCCAUCACCCGCCUCAACUAUCGGGAGAGGAUGCACAACUUCCUUUUCCGCGAGGAAGAAGCUGAGCAAGCUCUGAUUGCCAAACUCAACCUGCGGGUUGUCAUCUCGCUGACCCCCAUGCUGCAGAGCCUCUCCAUGGGGAUGAAGUUUGCCCUCUCUGGUGAGCUGUUUGCUGAAGUGCCUACCCCUUACAACCUCUCGCCGGACACAGACGAGGGGUAUCUGCUGAGCAGGUCUGUGCCCACUGCUUUGCUGGCACUUGACCCUCCUGUAGACAAUCGGGUUUACGAGGUGAAUGUGGAGCACAAAGCCACCACGGAGAAGACCAUCUGGCUGCAGAUACCAAAGAGAUGCUGCUCAGAGCUGAAGUUCCAGCCAAACACGUCCCACAGAGUGGAAAUCCAGUUCCAAAUCGACCAGCUGCUGUUCCGGCAGUGGCACCAGGCUGUGGACCAUCUGCUGGAUGAGAAGCUGGUCCUACCCGAUGUCGCCAGUUGCUCUAUCCCCUACUCUCUUGGCUCACCACAGAAAGGGAACAGCAAGCAGAAACUCGCCAUCUCCUUGAUCACAGGCCAGACAAUCAGCAGCCGGCAGGUCCCACCUCUUCUCAUCUAUGGGCCUUUCGGCACAGGGAAGACGUUCACCUUGGCCAUGGCCACCAUUGAGAUCCUCAGGCAGCCCAACACACGGGUGCUGAUCUGCACGCACACUAACAGUGCUGCUGACAUCUACAUCCGGGAGUACUUCCAUCACUACGUGACCAACGGGCAUCCAUGGGCUGUUCCCUUGAGGAUUAUAUCCACUGACCGUCCCAUCAACCUGACGGACCCCAUCACGCAGAUGUACUGCUGCCUCUCUCCAGACCAGCGCUCCUUCCGGCACCCCACGCAGGCGGAGAUCGACAGGCACCACAUCAUUAUUACCACCUCUAUGUUAUCCAAGAACUUGAAGGUUCCCCCAGGCUACUUCACCCACAUCAUGAUUGACGAGGCUGCUCAGAUGCUGGAGUGUGAAGCUUUGGUUCCGCUCUCCUAUGCCACUUUUGAGACCCGGAUUGUCCUUGCUGGGGAUCACAUGCAGAUCACCCCAAAGCUGUUCUCUGUUGGAGGGGGACAAUCUGCUGAUCACACUCUGUUAAACCGACUCUUCCAGUUCUACCAGAGGGAGAAGCAUGAGGUUGCCACGAAGAGCAGGAUCAUCUUCAAUGCGAAUUAUCGCUCCACUGCAGGCAUCAUUGAGUUUGUUUCCAAGCACUUCUACGUUGCCAAAGGCAAUGCUAUCACAGCCAGUGGGAACAUCCCACCCCAUCCUGAAAUAUACCCACUCAUGUUUUGCCAUGUGUCUGGUGUGGCUGAGAGGGAUAUGUCCAUGAUUUCUUGGCACAACACCUCUGAGAUAAUACAAGUGAUUGAGAAGGUGAAGGAGAUCUAUCGGAGGUGGCCGGAUGAGUGGGGUGUCCGAGAUCUGAAGAGCAUCUGUGUGGUCUCCCAUGGGAUGCAGGUUUCUGCAACAAGGCAAGAGCUGAGGAAAAAGCAGCUACAAGAAGUGGUGGUAGAAAACUACGAGAACCUGCCAGGGCGGGAGUUCCGGGUCAUCAUCAUCAGCACGGUGCACACCAGCGAGAACCUGCGCUCCUUGGCCUCCUACCACCUGGAGUUCUUCAACGAAGCCAGAGUGCUCAACACCAUCAUGACCCGGGCACAGUCGCUGGUUGUUGCGGUGGGGGAUGCGGUGGCCCUGUGCUCCCACGGCCAGUGCAGCAAGAUCUGGAAGCGCUUCAUCCAGGAGUGCAUUGAGAAGGAGAGCAUCUUCCCCGAGGAGCUGACGAUGGCCCAGAUCAAACAGGCUGCGUGCGACAAGGAGAGCUGGAGCAGGAGGAGCCCGGAGGGCGAUGAGGAGGACAGCGACACGGAUUCCUGGAGCUCUGAGGCUGAGAGCAUGAAUCCCGAUGAUCCCAUCCUCCAGGAGCUCUUAGAUGAGAGCAAGAACGUGCUGGUGACGGUGUCUGAAGAAGGGCUGCUGAAUGUGAAGUCCGAGUCUUCGAGCCUGUGGGAAGACAGGCAGGAGUACGUCAGCUUCUCUUCUCAGAUGAUGCAGGAGUACCUGCACAUGCACCCCAAAAUGUACAAGAGGUGCGAGCUGGUCAAAGAAGGGUUUGACAGAGCUUCUGCCUUCACCCUCAACGACUCCCCUGCCAUGACCAUUCAGAUCAAAGGCAGAGUUCACUGUGGGACUGCUUUCAGCGGGGAUGAGGUGCUGGUGGAGAUCCUGCAGGGCAGCACCUCUGAGAGCGGCAGCCACCGUCCGCAGGGGAAGGUGGUGGGCAUCCUAAAGCGCAGGGACAGGGAGCCCACCUUCGUCUGCAUAAUGGAUGAAUUUGAUCCCCGGGUGAUGAUACCCAUCGAUCCCACGGUCACCAAGAUAUUCGUCCCAGGGCUGAAAGAGAAACCCAACGUCAUUCCCAUCCGCAGGCUUGUCAACGGGAAGUAUAGAGUGGUCAGCUGCGAGAAGAUCAGCCAGGAGAUGAGGAGAUGCCAGUUGUUCUGCGUCCAGGUUAUCUCCUGGCGGGAAGGGUUUUACUACCCUUUGGGGAUAAUAACGGAGAUUAUGCAUGCGGCACUGACUUUGGAAGAAGGCUUAAAGAUCCUCGCCUUAGAGUAUGGCCUGGAGAAGAAAUACCCAGCUGCUGUCACCAAGGAGGCAGCCAGGUACCCGUCCAGCAGCAAACUGAGCUUCAGCAAGGAAAACCUGAAGGACUGUAGGAGUUACGUGACCUUCACCGUUGACCCCGAGGGUGCCAAGGAUUUGGAUGACGCUGUCAGUGUCAGGGAUCUUGGGGAUCACUACGAGAUUGGGAUCCACAUUGCAGAUGUAGCUGGCGUCGUUCCCAAAGGCAGUGCCUUGGACCUGGAAGCAAAGAAGCGGGGGGUCACCUACUACGCUCCCAACCAGGAGCCUCUGUGCAUGUUCCCACCCCACAUUAGCCAAGACGUCUGCAGCCUCCUGCCGCAGAAGGAUCGUCGGGUGAUCUCCUUGUUUGUCACCAUAGAAAAGGGCACUGAUGAGAUGCUAAAGGAAGUCUUCGCCCUCUCUGUGAUCCGCUCGGACAAGCAGCUGUCCUACGAAGAGGCAGAGCUCUUCAUUAAGGACCACUACAAGGGAGCAGGACGGGCCCUCUCUUUCAAUACCCUGGAGGACUGCGUGGCGGUGGCUUAUCACUUCUCCAGGAUCCAUCGGAAGUUUCGGCUGCAGGAGGACUGUUUCUAUGACCGGCUGGACGAGGAAAGCUCCCCAGGGAACAGGGGGUCCCAUCAGAUGAUCGAGGAGUUAAUGAUCAUGUUCAACAGUUUUGUGGCUGAGUUCCUCACCAACCAGGAGGACACCAGAAGCGUCACUCCUCUCCGGUGUCAGUGCGAGCCCAACCCUCAGCAGUUAAUACACAUGAGAAACAAGUACAGCCACAUGCUGCCUUUGUCCAUCCACCUCUCGCACCACCUGGGAGAGGUGACUCCUGCCCAAGACUCCUGUAGAAACGGGGCGUUCAGCCUCCUGGUCCCCAUCUGGGAGCACCUGCAGUCAGCCGCCACUGUCCGUGACUUCCAGAAGAUGCUGGACCUCAUUGCUACUGAUGACAUCCACCCAGAGCUGGCCCCGGUGGCCCUGGAGUUCAGGAGGCUGCUCAGCCGCUCCUAUUUCAGUCGCUCCAACUCCACCGUGCAGUCGAAAGCAGGCCAUUACUCCCUGCACAUGGACUCGUACACGUGGGCUUCCUCUCCCAUCCGUCGCUACGUGGAUGUCGUGGUCCAGCGGCACCUUCACUCCGUGCUCGGCAACAAGCCCAUCGUCUACUCUUCGGACGACAUUGAGUUUCUCUGUCAUGACUUCAACAGGAAGAAUUCCCAGGCGGUGAUGUAUGAGAAGAGAGUCCGCUGCCUGCAGAUGACCACCCAGCUGAAGGCUCAGGUCCUGCAGAAAGUGGCCUUCGUGGUGGAUGUCGAAGGGUUGAACAAAUACUUUAAAGUCCUGUUUCCACUGAACAAUGAGAGUCUCCCAGAUCCCCAGGUCAUUAACUACAGGUCUCUUCAGCUGAUAGAGCAGCCCGUGUUCAUGCAGCAGCAGAGCAGCAUCAGGCUGACGUGGAAGAGGAGGGUGUACUCUGCGGAGAAGAUGAAGGAGCACAGCCUGCAGGAAGGACCUCUCCGCAACCACAGUGUCACCCUCUUGAGCACCCAGACCUGGCAAGAGGUGCUUGCAGCCAUCAGGAGCGAGGAUUUUGGGAAGGCUGCCUCUCUCCUUCAGAAGAGCAAGGACCUGCGCCGGAGGCACAUGGGCUGGGUACAGAAGAGCCGGUGCUUGCACUACGUGCAGCUCUCCCUGGAGCUGAAACCCGGUGACACGCUGCAGUUGCAGCUCACCACUGAUGUCUACCGGGGCUUCCUGGUGCCCUUUGUGCAGUUGUGGUGCGUGGCACCGGGGUUCGACGUCUGCCUGCAGCACACGGAGAAGCCAAUCGAUUGCUUCUCUGCCUACGCCACGCUGCCGUCCAAAGACAAGUACAAGACCGCAGCGGAGUAUAACAAGGUGUGGAUGCUGAUGAGUGCCAUGGAGUCUGCUUCGUGUGCCGUGGCUGAAAACGACUCCAUCGUCCUCCACGAUGUCAAAAUAACCUGGGCAGAGCAAAGGACAAGCAAAGGGCAGCUGCAGGGGAGCUUCCUCCUCAACAAAGUGUGUUUGGAGGAGUGCUCCAUCGAAGUGGACUUCAGCCACUGUUACUUGUGCAUUCGCUUGGGUGGGCUGAAGCUUCAAAGAGAUGAGGAAAGCCUUAGCCACAGCCUCCAGAACCUGACUUUUCUUAACAAGGGCAGGUCAGAGAGCAAACUUGUGGUUGAUCCAGAUACCUACACCUGGGUGGCUCAUGGGGUGACCGAAGAGUUCAACGAUGAGGAGAAGUCGGACAGGGCGAGCCAGCAUACGAUGAACUUUUACAUCCACUAUAUGUCUAUGGAGAGCAUCCCUGCGGAAAUCUUGGAGGCCUCUGCCAGGUUCACAGUGGAGCUCAUCCCAAAGAUGCUGCCAGACGUACGGAAAGAGAAGGCAAUCUGGAAGCUCAACUAUGCCUCUGAGCUCGCCAAAAGCAUCGCCCUUGGCCACGAACCUCCUAAAAGAGUGGCAACGUCCAAAAUCCCGCAGCAAAAAUCCUUUGAUAUCCCUGGCAACGAGAGGAAGCUGAACGAGAGUCAGAACCAGGCUAUUCUGAAUGCUCUGAGGAGGCCCUUCAUGCUCAUCCAAGGCCCACCAGGCACAGGGAAAACUGUUGUUGGAACUCAUAUUGUCUACUGGUUCCAUAAGCUGAAUGAGGAUAGCGUUGAGAAGGAGGAAAUACUACCUGCUGAUGAAGAAAUGGCCAAGGGGAGAAAGUGCAUCCUGUACUGUGGCCCAUCCAACAAGUCUGUUGAUGUUGUUGCCGAGAUGCUGCUGAAGAUGAUGACCUUGAAACCACUGAGGGUCUAUGGGGAGGCCAUUGAGGCGAUGGAAUACCCGUUCCCAGGGAGCAACCGGCACCUCUACCGCAGAGCCCUGCAGGAUGCAAAACCAAAAUACGAGCUCAGUGAAAUAAUCCUGCAUCACCGCAUCCGCCGGGCGCCCAACCCUUACUGGCGGGAGAUCUGCAACUUCGACUCCCGCAUGAAGAAGGAAGAGCACAUAACAGAAGAAGAAACCAAGAAGUACAAAAUCCUGCUGUCGGCUGCUCGCAUGUAUGAGCUGAAACGACACGAUGUCAUCCUGUGCACGUGCUCCGCCGCGGCUGCCCCCUCCCUGGAGCAGCUCAAUGUCAAGCAGAUAAUCAUCGAUGAGUGUGCCAUGUCCACGGAGCCCGAGACCCUCAUCCCCUUGGUCAGCCACCGCCACGCUGAGAAGGUUGUUUUGCUUGGGGAUCACAAACAGCUACGGCCUGUGGUCAGCAACGACGUCUGCAAGACCCUCGGCAUGGAGACAUCUCUUUUUGAGCGCUACUGCAAUCAGGCGCACAUGCUGGACACGCAGUACCGCAUGCACAAAAGCAUUUGCAAGUUCCCAUCGCAGGAGUUUUAUGGCACGCGGCUGAAAACGUGGCCCCAUCUCUCCCAUAAGCCCAGUGUCUUCUAUCACAAGGAUAACAGCUGCUGCCCCAUCAUCUUCGGGCACGUGGAGGGGAAGGAGCAGAGCCUCAUGAUUUCUACUGAGGAAGGAAAUGAGAACUCUAAAGCAAACCCGGAAGAAGUGGAGCAGGCGGUGAGGAUAGCGAAGCAGCUGACACUAGAUGGCACCAUCCGGCCGGAGAGCAUCGCCAUCCUGAGCCCAUACAACGCUCAAGUGUCCGAGAUCAGCAAGAGCCUCCAGAAGGAGAGGAUCCGCGGGGUGACCGUCUGCACCAUCACGAAGAGUCAAGGAAGCGAGUGGAGAUACGUGAUCAUGUCGACUGUGCGCUCCCGUCCCCGAGCGGAGAUUGACAGGAACCCCACCAAGAGCUGGCAGAAGAAGUUCCUGGGGUUCAUCACUGACCCAAACCAGGUCAAUGUCGGCAUCACCCGAGCUCGGGAAGGACUCUGCAUUUUAGGGAACCGGUACCUCCUGGAGUGCAACCCUUUGUGGAGGAGACUGCUCCAGCAUUACAGGCAGCAAAACUGCUACACUGCAGGCCACGGCAUCUUAGUCAUGAAGGCUUCAGCCGUCCACCGGUGAGGAUGGGCUGUACCUCCACGAGCUCUUCCCUCUCGACCUGAACUGUGUUACGUGUGCCUUGGGAAGGACGGAAUCUUUCCAUUAUUGAAUCACCCGUGGAGCCAGAUGCCGUGUGUGGGACGUUUCCUGCACAGCCACAGCUCCGCUUCAGUGCACCUUGGGGUGUUUAAAUCAGUGCAACCUUGGAUAGGAACCUUCAGCUCUAGCAAACCAAAAACCAUUGGAAAUGGAGGGAUGGGGAUGCGACUUGAUCGAUGGUGGUGCUGGUUUUUAACCAGAAGAUGCUCAGCGGAGCCUCCAUCCUGCCUGCCAGUGUAGCUGUGCUUUGGGGACCAAAUAAUCCAUCCGCCGAAGGUGGAAUUCCUGCGUGCAACGGAGCCACGCAGCAAUCUGCUCUUUGCCAUAGGGGACCAAAGCUUCUGAGUGCUACCAGUCCUUUGGAAACCAAGGCCAGGGGAUUUUUAAGGCUUCUCGUUUCUCAAAGCAGAAAACCAAUGUGUUUUGUUUUAUCCUUGUUUUUAAAUGAAGGAAGAAAGCAAAGAGAGAACCGUGUUCCGCUCUUUGUGCAGCUAAAACACUGUUCUCUCACCGUGUAAAUACCACAGAGCCAAGGCCGAGUUGGUUUUGUAAAUAGAUUCACUUCUUCUUUGUACAAAGGAGGUCGUCCUCAGCAGCGUGAUGUUAGUGGAAAGCAAGGACCUCUUCUUCCAGGAAACGCUGGCAUUUGUAAGCCUAUUUUAACCUCUUCUGGGUUCCAUUUGGGAUCUCGUCCUGGGGGAGCCCCCCCACCCCCUUUCCUACCCCAUGUUUUUUUAAAGCUGCUUUUAAUUUAUUGACUUGUAACUCUGUGAAUUGGUUUCACAGUUUUAUGGCCUGAGUUUCUAAGGGCGGUGAUGGGGAAGCGAUCAAUGUGCCCACAGCUUGCGUGCGCAUCAUGUACCUU